AUGAUUCCCCAGUUUUAUCAAAAUCUCGAACAACAACAAUAUCAUUCCAACUCUGCCAAAAUGUCAUCACAAGAAGAAUCCCAACAAACGCUACCUCAAAGGAUCUCACCACUAACAAUAGAUGAACUAAAACCAUUCCCAUUACCAAAACAAUUAAAUUCAUUACCAAAUAAAACAUUCGAUCAAUUCAUAGAAAACAAAGAAUUAAUAAAAAGUUAUUUACAAGACCUAGAAACUUUCAAACUAAAAUUAAAACAAAUUAAUGAAAACAUAGAUUUAAUAAUAAAUGAAACAUUAACUUCAAAAAUCAAAAAUGAUUUAAUACCCAAAUAUCAAAAUCUUAUAAUUAAAAUAAAUAAUCAAAUUAAAACAAUAAAUCAAUUAUAUAAUGAAUUUUUAAAUUAUGAAACAAUACAAUAUCAAUUAAUAUCAUCAAAUUUUAAUCAAGAUAUAUUAAAAUUAAAAUUUAAAAAAUUAAUUGAACAAAAUAAUCAAGAUAGUUUAUUAAUUAUAAAAAAUUUUAAUAAAUUACAAUCUGCUAAUGACAAUAAUAUUGAUGAAUUUAAUGAAAUGUUAUCUAAUUUUAGAGAAUCUAGAAAAUUAUAUCAUUUUAGAAAAGAAAAAUUAAAUAGAUGGAAUGAAGAAAGAGUUAGUGGAUUUAUUUAA